AUGUCGAACAGAAAGGGCACCAGGAGUACACAGCGAAGCGAUCAAGGAGCACCUCCGGACCAGCAACAACGGUCCGCCGGAAUGGAGACGUAUAACGGGCUUGUACGGACGCCUGCGGAUGCGAUCAUAUUAUUCGAGGCUUGUCGCAUAGGGCUGCUGCCUCGAGUGCAACGACGAUUGUCCGAGAAAGAGCGCCAGUCAAUCAAGUCUGGCUCGGUGUUUGUGUGGGACGAGCGCGAAGCAGGCAUGCGCAGAUGGACGGAUGGGAAGUCAUGGAGCGCAUCACGUGUGUCGGGCAGCUUUCUCACCUAUCGCGAAAUGGAAGGCAAGCGAGGUGGCAGCAACUUCGACAAAAGUGCGAAUCGCGACGGCAUACAAGGCACCGAAGGCGACAGUGAUGGUGGACCAGACGGCUAUCGUUAUAAGCCAGAUGGACUCAUGAAGCAGUCCUUCUCCAUUACUACUAACAGCAACCAACACCUUCAUCUAAUCAGCUAUUUCUCUCGAGCAUCCGCGGCUACGCAGACGCUCAUGCAGCCAACAAACGACCAUCAAUUGCGACACAUCCGGCCCGAGAAGGGCAUGUACCCAGAGUCUACGGUCCACGAGCAGAGUACGAUUCCAGCUGUGACUCGAGGACCGAUGAGUUCGCCAGGCUACACGCAUUCACCUCAUCAAGGCUCGCCAUAUCAACGCCCGCCUCCAUACGGUUACGCUCCUCACCCAUAUCCGCCUAGUCCGAUGCACACACCACCACAGUAUCCUGGCUACGGCCCUUACUAUCACCAGCAACCAUAUCAUCCGGCCCAGACGCCACUUCAACAGAUGCAAUAUCCGCCUCAGCACCAGCCGCCGUAUGGUCAAGGGCCAAUGACAGCGUUUGACAGACCGCCACCACCUUUGAGUAAUAAUGGACUUCCACCUCCGCCACCACAUCAGUACGGACAGCCGCCACCUCCACCAGGUCAUGGCUAUGGUGCACCGUAUCCCUAUCCCCCAAACGGCUACCAGUCGUAUCAGCCGCCACCUCUUCAACAGCCACCGCCACCACCUCAACAACAACAAUCUGUCUACCCACCGCCUCAUGCCCACCAACCACAGCCAUAUCCGCGUCAGGCAGAAGCAUCUACUCAGGAGCCAAAGGCGACCGGAGAAAUACGACCCGAGCAUCAAGAGCAGCCUAGUCAGAACCAGCAACCGCCGGCAGAUCAAACACAGCCCAGAAGCGAUCAACAAGCGCAACCAGGAUCCCAGGCACCAAAUACUUCUGGUGGCCAAACUAUUCCAAGCAUCUCCAGCAUGCUCAAUGGCGCCGGCCAAGUUCCUCCAGCGCGCACAACAAGCCCUAAAUCUGGACCGGCCUCACCAAGACCACUGCAAGAUAUUCCACAUCACAAGCUCGGCUUCGAGGUCAACAGAGAUCUUCAAGCAUUGCGGAAUCUGGACAAGUCGACUUUGAAGUACUAG